UGUAACCGUGUCAUCAUGUGCCCUCUUCCUCCUGCUCCUAACAGGCUGACGCCCAGCAACCACGACCGAAUCCAGCGAUUACGCCAGGAGUUCCAGCAGGUCCGGCAGGAAGAGGCGGAGCCAGAUGAUCGCCACCGCUCCUACAGCUUGGAACAGCCCUGGUCCAACUGCAGCCCGCAGACAUCAUCUGGCCGUCAUUCAGUGUCUGUGGAGGUGCAGUUACAGAGGCAGGAAGCCAGAGAUGCUUUCACACAUGCUCAGAGACAGUACAGCUCUCUGCCACGCCACCCUCGCAAGACACCCACCCCAGCGUCAGAAAGCGAGUGGGAGAGGACGUGUCCACCUGGAGACGGUUUCCAGGCAGCAAAAGACAGCGGCCGUUACUCCAGCUACCAGGGACCUCGUUCUGUCCCGCGCACCGUUCCUCGUCCCGGCUGCAGGAAUGGCCUUUCCGCUCCCCCAGGAUCCAGCAGUUCCUCUGUGGGUGGUGGCUACAAUGCUCGUGUCCUCCUAGAGGCCCAGGAGCUCCUCCGACAGGAACAGAGACGCAGGGAACAGGAAAUGAAAGGAAGAGGCCCGUCAAUGCGUUUGGACUACGAAUCCCAGGAUUCCAAAGGACCCCUCAGACAGGACGUCCCACCUUCCCCCUCCCAGGUUGUUCGGCUCAGCCGCAUACACACACCUGAGAAAGCACGCCCGUUUUUAUCUUGAGGAAAUAAACAUUUUUCCUGUUUUUCAAAGAGGCAAAAGGUACACAGAUACAAAUUUGUGUGCCAGUUGUACACAGACUCCCAGAGUGCCUUUUCUUUGAGGUCGCAGUGGUUACGCCCAAUCUAACAGCUCAUUGGUGCGUCUAGAGGCAAGAAGCCUCUUGAUUCGCUGCGAAGACCUUCAAGCUCUGACAAUCAGCCUGACACUGACCUGUUCCUCUGUACAACCACGUAGAACUUGAUCAAAAUGAGCAGCUUCAUGCUUUGCACAGGUUAUAAUGAAGUUUUGUGAAGUAGAGCUUUUUUUUUUUUUA